AUGUUCAGGUAUGGUUUAGUAGGAAACAUAGCUACUUAUGGUGGUAUAGCUGCAAUAUUUGCUUAUGUAGGUAUUAAUAUUUUGAUAAAAACAGGUUAUGAAUUAAAUAAUAUUAUUGAAAUCUCUCCGAAAAUAGACGACGAAUUAGCCUCUUAAGUUCUGAAUUCAAGCAAAUCUCCGAAUAUUUCAAUUGAUGCUAAGAAUGACAUGAGAAGGGCAGCGGCUAAAUAAAUCUUGCAAGACUACUAACGUAAAAAGAAGGAUCCAGUUGAAGUAUUUGAAUAAAUCGAACAAAAAUAAUCCAGAAAUCCUUAAUCAAAAGAACCAGAUAUUUGA